GCUUUAUCCAUGGUCAGCCACUCUAGCUACGCGAGAUAUGGCUCGCUUCGAUGAAUGUAGAGCCCGACGAGAUCAAAACGCAAAAACCUCGGAGAUGUCAUGCAAAGAAACCACUCGGAAUUGUCUUCACCUUCGCCCUUAUGUCAUUUUGCAUGCAGACCUUCUUUCCCCUGGUGAC